AUGGAGAAAUAUCUUGAAAGACAUAAAUCAGAUAGUAACGAAAUACUGGAGGGGGCAUAUCUGAACUUGAAUCAAGUACCGGAAGACGUUAAGAACGUUUGGUGUGAAUAUUUCUCGGAAAAUUUUAAUCAGUUCCACGAAACACAAAUUUCCGUAGAACGAGAAGAAAGAAAAAUCGAAACGAAAUUGUGGAUAAAGGCGGUUGGGUCCAUCAUGAGCGGACGUGUGUUUAGAUACAGCUACAUGGGCCGAAAACAUGUGUUUAAAGAUAUCCAUUCCAGCACCAAGCUCUGUUCGAAGCUGAACAUUCUCAAGGAAAUAAGUCAUCUCCGUUUAUUCUUUCUGUUUUGCAUUUUUUAUCUAGAUAUUUGUCUUGCUAUUACAUUUGAUGUGAGACAAUAUGGUGCGGUUGGAAAUGGAAAUACCGAUGAUUCUAAGGCAUUUUUACAAGCAUGGAAAGCAACUUGUGCAUGUACAAGUGACACUGCUGUUAUGGUGGUGCCGGCUGAAAAGAAUUUCUUUAUUAGAUCUUUGUUUUUUAGUGGCCCUUGCAUAUCUCAAUCACCUCAAAUUCAGAUCGACGGAACUCUAAUAGCGCCAGACAAUAUAAAUAAAUGGGCGGGAUGUGCAUCGAACACAUGGAUAAUGUUCUCGCAAAUUAAUGGUCUUAAUGCUUAUGGAAAAGGAAAACUUAAUGGAAAUGGUCUACCGUGGUGGCAAGGCGGUAAUCUCAGAUACCUCCACAAUAACAAUUUUGAACAUUCAUUUCAAUACAAACAUCCAAGAAUGGGAAGUUGUUCUCGACCAACGGCAAUGAGGUUUAGUCAGUGCAACAAUCUUGAAGUUCAAGGAUUGACUCAUAUUAACCCUCCGAGAAAUCAUAUAAGCAUAAAUGAUUGCAACAACGUCAAAAUAUCUGAAAUAAAAAUAAUCGCUCCAGAGCAUAGUCCUAACACCGAUGGAAUCGACAUAUCUUCUUCAACUAACAUCCAUAUCAUGAACUCUAUCAUCAGAACCGGAGAUGAUUGUGUUGCCAUUAAUAAUAAGUGUUCAAAUAUUAUCAUAGAAGGAGUUCAAUGUGGACCAGGCCAUGGUUUAAGUGUUGGAAGUCUUGGAAAGGGUGGAGAUUAUGCCCAAGUGGAAGGAAUACUUGUAAAGAAUUGCACUUUAACUAGGACAACCAAUGGAGCUAGGAUAAAAACAUGGCCGGGAGGGAAUGGAUAUGCUAGAAAUAUAACAUUUGAGAAUAUUUUGCUUCACAAUACAAAGAAUCCUAUCAUUAUUGAUCAACAUUAUUGCAAUACCACCCAUUGUGCUGAACAGGUUAAUUGUUAA